AUGAUCGAGCGACGUCGCCUCCCAUCUGCAUCGUACUGUUCGCCUGUUGAAGAUGAGCAUUGGUCACGUUGUCUGUUCGCUGAACAGCCUGUAGUGAUCAUAGGCGGAAAUCGCGAUGCUAAACAAAUGGCACGUCAUGUCGCUAAUAAAUUGCCUGGAGCGUCACCAUUUUUCGUCAUGGACAUGCCAUCAGUGAUGGCACGUGUUGACGAUUGGCAAGAACGUCUACCACGCGUACAGGCAUACUACGCUCUACGUUGUAAUGCAGAUCCCGUAUUAGCCAGAAUGCUAGCCGAUUCAGCACAACUUGGAUUUGCUGUCUCAAAUGCUGAAGAAUUGGCAAUGGUGAAUAUAAGUCAAACUAUUUUUUGCUACUAGUU